GUAUUAGCUCAGUCCCCGCUACGCGGCCGCUGUUCGCCAUUGUACCGUGAUUGCUGUUAAGUCUCGUGUUUGUGAGUGGGAAUUGAUCCGGUGUUACCGAGUUCUGGAAUUCCUCUACGCAUCGGGAAACUCUAAUCCCUCAGGAGGUCGUCGCGAGCGCGAGCAUAGCUGGUAGCUCCGAAGGGUUCACUGCCGAUCCAUCCCGGAGGCUGCACCGGCGAACACCAUUAUCGGAAUAAUGAAGAGAGAAGCUGAUGCAGGCGCUAUGACAGGCUCCGGAGGACCGACAAGUCCUCACAAGCGUUACAGACAGGGUGACGAUGAACUUCGUCUACUGAUCCCGAGCAAGGUGGCCGGUUCGAUAAUCGGCAAGGGUGGCCAGAAUAUCACCAAACUUAGAAGUCAGUACAAAGCCUCAAUCAUUGUACCCGAUUGCCCCGGACCCGAACGGGUGCUUACCAUCAGCUCGGAUCUGACCACCGUUCUUCAGGUGUUGAACGAGGUCGUACCUAAUCUCGAGGAGAAUGGGUCCCGACAUGGCAGCGAUGAGAUCGAUGUGCGCAUGCUGGUGCAUCAGAGCCAGGCCGGAUGCAUCAUCGGCAAAGGGGGGCUAAAGAUCAAGGAGCUCCGAGAGAAAACUGGCGCGAGGAUCAAAAUAUACUCGCAUUGUUGUCCUCACAGCACCGACCGUUUGAUCAGUAUCUGCGGGAAACCGAACACGUGCAUAGAGUGCAUCCGUGAGCUGAUCGCAACUAUUAAAACUUCUCCACUGAAGGGUGUGAACAACCCCUAUGACCCUCACAACUUCGACGACUAUUAUGCGGACGAUUACGGUGGUUAUGGCAGCGGAGAGGGCGGCCAGGGUAAAGGGGGUGGUUUCGGCGGUCCGGGUGGUCGCGGUGGCGGCGGUGGCCGCGGAGGUGGCGGCGGCGGCGGUAUGAUACCGAGACACGACAGCCGCAGCACUGCACCGGACUGGAAUCGCGAUUUUGCGCCACCACCUAGGGGUGGACCCCGUGGCGGAGGCGGCGGUGGCGGCGGUGGAGGUGGAAUGUCUGGUGGGCCGCCCGAUCGCGGCUUCGGGGGCAAUCGUGGCAGCGGAGGCGGCGGCGGAGGAGGCUACGAGGGUGGCCGAGGUGGAUACGGCGGCAACAGAAGCGGCCCGCCACCUUACGGGGGUGGAAACUAUAAUGGCGAUGGCUGGGGCAUGCAAGGAGGAGCACCAAAUGGUUUGGGCGGUGGAGGAAAUUCUGGUAUGAGUGGCCCACCAAUGGGUGGCAAUAACCAGGGCAACCAAGGCAACAUGGGUGGCAGCAAGACUAGCACCCAGGUCACCAUACCCAAAGACCUCGCCGGUGCCAUUAUCGGCAAGGGCGGUGCCAGAAUCCGGAAAAUCAGAUCGGACAGUGGUGCUGGUAUUACUAUAGACGAGCCGUUGUCUGGUAGCAACGAUCGUAUCAUCACCAUUACCGGAUUACCCAGUCAGAUACAAAUGGCCCAGUACCUGCUCCAGCAGAGGUUAUUAUCUGUUCCGUUACAUUCUCGUUCCUCUAUCUAG